GAGGCUCCAGUUUCCCCGCACUGUUCGAGCCCUGCCGCCGCUCCCUGCUGCGAUGCCGGCGCCGAAGGCGGACUCCCCGGCGAUACAGAAGCUGGGGAGUCUCUUCCGCCUCACCGAAGUACACCUCUGGGACGAUUCGUAUGCCGCCGGAGCCAGGGAUGGCCAGAAGCACUGGCGCUCGGCGGAGGCUGCUCCCGCGAUUGAAGACAUGGAAACUUGCUACAUCACACUACGUUGUAGCAGCUUGUGUUACGGACAACUAUUUGGAAAUUAGGUUGUAUCUUUCCAAAUUAUGGAUUAUGGAUUUAGUGGUGAUUGGUGAACUAAGCAUACUGCACUCCCCUUUUCAAUUCUGAUAUAGCAAUUUAUGGUUGAUCAAACAGAUAAUGGUUUUCUUUACACCUCAACUUCCCUUGUAGAGGACGACCUGUCAAAAUGUGAACUAAAUCAUGUCUGGACCAACAGCAUUGUCUUAUUGGAACACUUUUAAAAGUUCUUCAGUGAUUUCAAAAUCAUUUUUAGUCUCAUGAGAAAUUCAUUUGUUGUGAACAGGUCAAUAGAUUUAGCUCCUUGGCAGACUAUGUCAAGUUUGUUACUUCUGUUAUGUGCCCUCCAGAUUCCUAUGAGGCUUAUGAUCUAGAAAGCAAUUUGACAACCUUCAACUUUUCAGGACUUCCAUGCAGAUAAACCACGCAAUAAAGUGUUCAAAGACACUGAUGAAGGUCAUUCGUUGGUUGAAGAUUUGGAAUUGGCCAAUCUCAUGGGUUCUUUAGGGCUUCCUGUUUCAUUCAGCACGAGUAAAGUGAACAAGAACACAGGCAACAAGGGAAAGAAAAAAGGAAGAAAAAUACAAUGUGAAGCAGGAAACACUCAAAUCGAUGAUGCUGUGAGGAUAUGCGCCAAUACUUUAGAUAGAGAAAGUGAUGUGGCCGUUUUGGAGCACAUGAACUCGUGCAAUUCAUCUGGGACUGCUAUUGGUUACAAUGAAUCCUGCCAUGGUACUGACAAGAUGCUGAAGGAAGGCAGACCUUAUGCUGAAGCACAAGAGUCUGGCUGUAGCACCAUCUACACUGCUGAAAAAGCUCGUGGCUAUGAAGCUGAAAAUCAAUGUGAACUUGGGACUUGUGAGCCUCCUGAUAGCUUGGGCAACACAGCAAAAGCAGAAUAUCCUAUUCAUGAAAAUCAAGCUGCUGACAGUGUGUUGCUCGAGUCUGGGGAGAUGUCGACGCAUGACUCUCUUGAUGGUGAAUCUGCUCGUUCCUGCGUUAACAUUUGUCAGGAACAAAGAUUGUCUACAAAGGAAGAUCAAAUAUCCGCGGAAACUUUGUCGGUACCUCAUGAUAAUAAUGGUGUUGGCCAAGAAGCUUGUCUAAGUUUGGCAGAAACAUCUUCUGUUGAUGAGCAUGCUGAAAGUUCUGCCAGCAACUUUUGCUAUGAAUAUGGUGGUUGGAGGAUUGUCUGGGAUCCAUUCUACAGUCGAUAUUACUUUUACAACAUUCAGACACAAGAAUCUACAUGGUACCCCCCUGAAGGAUUGGAGGAUUUUGCAUCAUAUUGUAGCAUAGAUGCAACUAAAGAGCUGGUCGAACUGGGAUCUCAGUAUACAAGCAUAGCAGUUCAAGAGAACAAUCAGGCUGCUGAUGACAAGAAUCUGGAUGCACAGGAACAAGAUCAUUGCAGCGAAUUACACUAUUUGUCUAAGUUUCCUGAUGAAGAGCCAAUAAAUCAUAGUAUGAUAACUACAAUUCACGAAGGGGAACACGCUGAGAAUAAGCACAAUGAUUCAAUGACUGAUGUGUUAGAGAUGGGCCAGGAAGUUGUUAGUACCAAAAAGAAAAAGAGAGUAAGGAGAUCUCAGUCGUAUCUUUCAUGCUCAGACACGGCAGGGAACAUCUCCAAUGAUAUCAUCAAGUACUGGACUCAGCGGUACUCACUUUUCUCUCUUUUUGAUAGUGGUAUAAAGAUGGAUGAAGAAGGGUGGUUUUCAGUCACGCCAGAGCCGAUUGCAAAGCAUCAUGCAUCUCGUGUUGGUGCGGGGGUAACGAUUGAUUGUUUCACAGGAGUUGGCGGAAAUGCGAUCCAGUUUGCCGCAAAGUGCAAGCAUGUUAUUGCAGUUGAUAUUGAUCCACAAAGGAUUGAUUGCGCGCAUCAUAAUGCAUCCACUUAUGGAGUAAAUGACCACAUAGAUUUUAUUUUAGGUGAUUUUAUCAAUAUAGCUCCUCAGCUGAAGGGAGAAACUGCUUUCAUGUCGCCUCCUUGGGGUGGACCUGACUAUGCCAAAGUCGAUGUUUAUGAUAUAAAAGGCAUGCUUAAGCCUUGUGAUGGGUACUCCCUCUUUAAACUUGGUACUAUGAUAGCGUCAAGGGUAGUGAUGUUUCUUCCUCGCAACGUUGACCUGAACCAAUUGGCUGACAUUUCAUUGUCAGUCGAUCCCCCGUGGGCGGUCGAGGUCGAGAAGAAUUUCCUUAAUGGACAGCUGAAAGCCAUAACAGCAUACUUUGAAGAGCAGGAUGGUUGAGGCGUGCAGUGACACUGGUGAUGCGAACCAUCUUUGUUGACUUCUGAGCUCAGAGAGACCUUGAGUAUGACUUAUGAAAUGAGAAACGGCCUGAUCAUAUAUCUAGUCCCUACAACUCAUCUUUACGUUUUCUUGCCAAAUAUAGCUUACGUUUUUGUACCAUCAAUGUGCUAGUAUUUACACGGUUAGGAAUGAAGCUGUCUGAAAUCACGAUGCGGCAGGCAGCUACUUGACACAGUUUACGGACACAGCCAGGCUUCUGCUCAAACUAUCUUUGCUUAGAUGA